AUGAAAACUCCUCUGCUUUCAUGGCUUUUCUUACUCCGCAUUUGCUAUGUUUCACUCACCUUCCAUACGUUUGUGGUCUCUACCCAAUGUCCCGGCGAUCAGCAAUCUUUGCUGCUGCAAUUGAAGAACACCCUCACAUUUGACCCUGCAACGUCUCAAAAACUUGUGAACUGGAAGAAUGGAUCGGAUUACUGCUCUUGGGAAGGAGUGUCCUGCAAAGAGGGUUGUGUUUCGAAUCUGGACUUGAGCAACGAGUGGAUUACUGGUGGACUUGAUAAUUCCAGUCCUCUUUUCGGUCUGAAGUCGAUCGAGAACCUGAACUUGGCUAACAACUCCUUCAACUACACUCAGAUUCCUUCCGAGUUCAAGCAGCUAACCGGUUUGCAUAACCUGAACUUGUCGUGUGCUGGCUUUGCGGGGCAGAUUCCCAGAGAAGAUCUUCCAGGGUUACUACCGAACUCUAUUGGCAACCUCAAAAUGUUGUCCAAGAUAGAUCUUCGGGGGUGCAAUUUCACUGGAUCAAUCCCAAGUUCAAUAGCAGACCUUCAUCAAUUGGUUUAUUUUGACUUGUCAUGGAACAAGUUCAAUGGUUCAGUUCCAUCCUUCAGUAUGGCCAAGAAUCUGACCCUAAUAUAUCUUUCUGCCAAUCUACUUGAUGGGACUAUUCCGUCAUCUCUGUUUUCUCUUCCCAUGCUGCAAGGUUUAGAGCUUUCUAACAAUCACUUCUCUGGCCAGUGA